AUGCAGUUUUCUAGCGUGGUUGUUCCAUCAUCGCACGUUCUUGCCAAUAAUGCAAUUGGCAGUUUCUCGAAACCAUCAAGAGAAUUAAUUUAUAAUCCGAAGGAAGUCGUACUUGCUGCCGCACCAUCAUCGGCAAUGAUGAGAGCAUCCAGUAUUGCUUGUGUUGCUAUCGCUGUCGAUCGUAUUUAUGCAUCGUAUUAUCCAGCGCAGUAUCUGAAAAGGUCGAUAAUCGGUGUUGCGUCGGCAAUGUUUUUCGGAUUUAUUACUGACUUGAUCGUACUUGCGCUGACGCAGCAAAGUGCAGCUAUCAGCGACAACUGUUCGAGAUUUGCAUGCUACACGUCCCACGCAACGCGAAUAGCCAUCCACGUUCUAAUUGUUGAGGCAACACUAAAUUCCGCGCCAGAAUUAUUCGCCGUGUUCUCGUCAUUAUCCAAGUCGAUCGUAUUCGUCAACAUUUACGCGUACACGACGGGAGUGUGUGCACCGCUGCGUGCCCUCUGUCAUCCGUUUAUUUUUGCACUUUCGCAUCGUGAUUUCAAUGAAAUCCUGCACAUCCGCAUUGCUCAAAUCUACAGAGCUGCGCUCGCUGUGUUAGGUUUUGUCCCUAACAAAAAGCCACGAGUUUUUUGGUCUAGUAUCACUGGCAACAAAAAUUCCCGAGCGAAAUCUAUCCCCUCAACUCAUGCGUCACGUUUUGGAAAAAUCGAAAUUUCGUACAUUCAACCUCAUGGUAAAUAA